AUGCCUCAGUACACCUCGCGAGAUGUCGGCGACCCGUCGCAGAUCAAAAAGACGAAACAGUCCAUGGCAGACCUAAAACUGAGACGGUUAACAGAGCUCAACAACCGCCUGCGAGAGGACUUGGAGCGCGAGCGUAUUCCGAUCAGCACAGCUGCCAAGAGCAUCAUUGCUUACUGCAAUGGAACAAGGGAUUACAUGGUCCCAUCCGUAUGGGGUUCGGUUCCUAAGGGCGAGGAUCCCUACGCACCACAACAAUCUGGCGGCUGCUGUGUCGUCAUGUAA